UGGAAAAAUACCCUAGAAGGAAGAAGACUUCCAACCGUGCCGAAGGAUCAAUAAAAACUACACCGGAUAGCAUGAAAGAAACCCAAAGUUAUCUCGUAAACGGGUUCAGGAAAACUGGCAUUUAUCCUCAGAACGUAGAAGAACCUUUGAGUAGAUUGCCAAGGCAAGACAGAAUCUAAUUUCCGGCGCUUUUAUGCAAAAUCUGAAGCAAUUACGGAGUAACGAUAGCCCAAACCGAAAGAAUCAAGGCAAGAAGAAAAAGCUAGAUGUACCUGCUGGUCGAUCCAUUCGCUCAGAAGAUAUUUCAGACAGAGAACAAGCUAGUUCUUCAGGAGUAAAUAGAUCAGAUCCUAAGAAAAAUUCAAAGUCCAGGAAGCGAUUGAUAAGUGAGGUUUCCUCUUCAGAAUGCAGUGACACAGACAUAAAUCUCAUUCUGGCACGAGAUCAAUCUGAUGAUGAAGAGGACAACUUACGCCUAGCACAGCUUACAAAUCGCAAUCCGAGAAGCAACUAUGAUGGAAAUCUGGAGGCGCUUGGGCCAUCAACUCAGCUACCAGAGCCCAUUCCUCCGGAUUGCAACACAAGGUUUAUUGAAGAUCCGAUUUUAAGACACUGUUCGAAGUCUGACGGUCAAAGUUGCAGUAAUGAAAUAAAAUUAAUCCAGAUGAUGUACAAAAAGCGGAAGAGGAAUAUCAAAAUGGCGAUGGUUACUGUAUCAAUGAUCAUGUAUUGGUUAAGUGGAAUUCACGUGUUUAUCCAGGCAAAAUUAUAUCGAUAUCUGCAGAAGGAGCGCUAAUAAGUUGUAUGAAAAAAGGAGAGUUCUGGAGAGCCUAACAUAAAAGACAAGUGAUAACGAAGAUUGGAGUACCAAAAUUCGUGAAAAAUGGACAAUUUACUGCACCUGAACUUGAUAAAAUACGUUUUUUAUAAAUUAAGC